AUGCGUAGAUGUUUUGCCAGCGCGGAAAAAAUACUAUUGGCACAAAGGUUAAAUGAAAGAUCUUUAUUAAGAUUAAGUGGAAAAGAUGCAAAUUUAUAUUUACAAGGUUUAAUAACAAAUGACAUGAAGCAUUUGGAAAGUGGGGCUUCUAGCAUGUACACAAUGUUUCUUAACAGUAAAGGAAGAGUUUUAUAUGAUAGUAUUAUUUAUAAUACAAACAUUGAAAAUACAUUUUAUGUCGAAUGCGAUUCGAAUGCUUCUCUAUAUCUAAAAGAUCAUUUAAUGCAUUUUAAAGUAAGAAGAAAAGUAAACAUUGAUCUUCUCUCUGAUGAAUUCAGUGUUUGGGCUCUUGCCUUUAAAGACUACAUCAUAAAUCCUAAAGAUGUCUAUAAUUAUAAACCUGUACUCAAUGAAUUGAAAAAAAAUUUACCCCAAUUAAUUAUAACAAAUGAUCCAAGACUACCAAGCAUGGGGUUAAGAGUUUUAACACCGAAAGAUUACAAUUUAGUUAAUGAAAUUAAAAAGAUAGCUGAUGUUAAUGUUCAAGAAGAAAAUUUUUAUAAAUUUUUGAGGUAUAAUUUAGGCAUAGGUGAAGGAUUAAAUGAGUUACCAUUGGAAAAAUGUUUCCCAAUGGAAAUAAAUGGUGAUUAUUUGCAUGGCAUAAGUUUUCACAAAGGAUGCUAUGUCGGUCAGGAAUUAACAGCGAGAACAUAUCACACAGGGGUUAUUAGAAAAAGGAUAAUGCCUCUUAAAUUCAAUGAAGAGGUAUCAAUCACUCAACCUGGCAUUCCAAUAUUUUCAGUUUCUCAAUUAACAAAAGCAAUUGGUAAACUUUUCGGGGUUGAACAAACCAGCGGUCUUGGAUUGUUGAGAAUUGAAGAAGCAUUAAAAGCAAAUGAAUUAAUUACUUUUGAAAAAAAAUGUAAUACACAUCGUCCAUUUUGGUGGCCUAAUGAAGCACCUAAAAUGAGAAUGAACACUGGAUGA